CAAGAAAGAGCGGUGUAAAUAUUGAUAAGCCUAAAUUAAUACUACAAAAAUGGAUGGGAUUCCCGGCGCUCGCAUCCUAAUUGUCAGGAUCAGAGAGUCAGGCCGCCCUGUUCACAAGCGACCAACGUCAUUGAUGAAGUGGGUUGAGUCUUGCGAUCGAGGUGGGUUUACAAGAAAUAGAAACCGAAGUAAAGGCUGCAAGGAUCAGAGCACUCAGAUUUCAAAAAAAGUUGUAUUGCUCAAGCUGAAAUUUAAGAACGAUCUUCACCCACUGGCCUGCAUGACGGGGUAGACGAUACGGUCAAGAUACGUCGGAUUACAGUAGAAUGGCUGACGGACUUCCAUUUCUUAGACACCGCACGUGAUAAUUUCACCGUAUUCUUGCGAGAUGGCACGACGUCCUUAGCAGUAGGUUCAGUGAUCACUCCACGUAAAACGCUCUUUCUUGGACCGAGGCUCGACUUCCAAUCAAGUGGAAUGUGUUUCGGUGAACUGAGAGAAGUGAUCGGGGAAUACUGCUGCGAGUAAUCUGGUGGGAUCGAGAUAACAAUGUCUGAUGGUUCGUCCAGAGGUUGUGUCUCCUUCGAAGGGGCAGACUCUUCUUCGUACUUUUCAUCCUCGUCGCCCCAUGAUAACGCCUGG